ACCUAGCUUUCAUUCCUAUGGCCACACAAUCGUUUUUAUUCUGCAUCAAGUGGUGAACCAUCAUCCCACAUCAUCAUCGUCCACUAAGGAAAAGGAGGAGGAAGCAAUGGAUUGUAUCGUCUCCAGCUCGACGGUUCUUAUCCGAUCACAUCUCGCUCCAAUUCGCUCAGCUUCCAUCAAACCUCUGAGCUCAGCACAGGUCGCAUCCUCCGCGUCUAACCGCCACAUACUCUCGUUCAAUUCCAGUGGUAAAAGAACCAGAACACUCUCCACUAACGCUUCUACGAUAAGAUGCGGAGGAGGAAUCAAGGAGAUCGGAGAGAGUGAGUUCACCAGCACGGUUCUCGAAUCGGACCGGCCGGUUCUGGUUAAUUUCGUGGCCACGUGGUGCGGUCCCUGCAAGCUGGUCUAUCCAGCUACGGAAGCUUUAUCUCAGGAAUAUGAUGACAGGUUGACGAUUGUGAAGAUCGAUCACGACGCGAAUCCUAAGUUAAUAGCAGAGUACAAGGUUUAUGGUUUACCGCAUUUUAUACUGUUCAAGGAUGGUAAGGAAGUGCCAGGUAGCAGAAGGGAAGGUGCUAUUACAAAGGCCAAGCUUAAGGAGUACAUUGAUGGUCUCUUGACCUCUAUUUCUGUUGCUUAAUGGUCUCUCUCUCUCUGUUUCUCUCUCCACUGGUAUUUUCUCAUUCCUCAACCACACUGUUUGUCUUGUAAACACACUCUCUUGAGUAAAUGUGUAAAUCUAGCAACAGAUUUUUACUAAUACAAGACUUUGAGCUUUGUGCA